AUGCAGCCACUGCGCUCUGCUCGAACGCGCUGGUCUUCCACAAUUCGGAUGACAAAUCGACUUGGAUAUUCCACAGCAAAUUCACAAUCAAAGCACACUGCCAUCAAGACUGCGACAUACAUUGCCUCUGCUACUUUGGUUGCUGGAACAGGUUUUUGGUGGUCUACCACUGUCCGCGAUGAUGUGCCACUCCUGGACAAUCGGCCAGCUGAGCAUAUGAUCCCCAAGUCUGGUUUUUCGAAAAACGAAGUUACCGAGAUGCUUCUGCAAGGAGCAUACUCAUUUCUAGUCAAGAAAAUUCCUGGUGUGAACAGAUACGAUGGUGUCCAACUGGCCUCGAACAGCCCGUGCGAGGACCGAUUUAUUCAUGGUCAAGUUCCCUCACCCUGGAACGAUGGCAAAGCGUGGAUGGCUUGGGCUAUCUUUGAUGGGCAUGCCGGCUGGCAGACAGCAGACUUGCUGGAGAAGCAACUUCUAUCUCACGUGCAACAGUCUAUGAGUCGAGUCAAGCGCGUUACGGAACGAGAAGUCAUGUCUGAACAUAUGAUUCAGCGCGCCAUUACAAAGGCCUUUGUGGAUCUUGACAGUUGCAUCAUGGAUAGCGCUCAGCAAAUCACCCAAACCGACCUGCCGUUGACAGAAAAGAUCCCACAGUUGGUUCCCGCUUAUGCUGGCUCAUGUGCUUUACUGUCCUUGUAUGAUCCUGUUGCAGGUAAGCUACAUGUGGCAUGUACAGGAGACUCAAGGGCAGUCCUCGGACAAAAGAACGCAAAUGGUACAUGGGAAGCAGUACCUUUGUCUGUUGACCAGACCGGUAGCAAUGAAGAUGAGAUCGCAAGAAUCAACCAAGAGCAUCCUGGUGAAGAAGGAAUUGCUAAGAAUGGGCGGAUACUGGGAAUUAUGGUUUCUCGAGCAUUUGGUGAUGGUCGCUGGAAAUGGCCUCUGGAGCUGCAGAGGGAGUGCGAGCAAAAGUAUUGUGGUCCAGCACUAAGACCUGGUGCUAAAACACCACCGUAUUUGACAGCCGAGCCAGUUGUUACAACGACCACUGUGCCCUCGGACAGACCCUCUUUUCUCAUUCUAGCGUCAGAUGGCUUAUGGGACAAUCUCACCAACCAGCAGGCGGUCGACCUAGUUGGAAAAUGGCUGGAACUCAAAUUUUCUGGGACAGUUGAUGAAAAACCAUCGCCGACUUACGCACCGUUCGACUUCAGUCAGUUCAAGGUGGAUGAUAAAUUCGAAGAGGAGAGAACAACCGUUCAAGACGACAAUGCUGCAGUGCAUCUGAUGCGUAACUCUCUCGGCGGUAACCAUCACGAGAUGAUAGCCGGCCGGCUUGCAGUGCCUGCCCCUCGCUCUCGCGACGUGAGAGAUGACAUUACUGUGCAGGUGGCCUUCUUCAAUUGCCCAGAGGCAGCAUAG